CCCGCUCCCAUUCCUCCCCAUCCCGCCCUCUCGCCCGCACCCUCCGCCGUUCCCCGCGUUCUCCUCGGCCCCAGUUUCCGCACCAUUGGCCCGGCUGGCAGCGCUGUGUGCCCGAUUGGAGGAGGUGUCCGUCCGUCAGGGCGCGGUGCCCGCCCCGUUCCCGGCGGCGCGGAGGUGGCGGAGAGCGGCAGCRGCGGCGGUGGCAGCAGAUCAGAAUGGUCUUGGCUCAAACCUUCACUGUCUCCCUGCUGAAGUAAGUGCUGAAAAUCGCAUCUCCUGGACAGGCUGGUCCUCGCUGCCCCACGAAGCCACCCUGGCCACCAGCCCACCUCCAUCUGCCCCUGGACUCUGCAUUCCUGUUCAUGGCAAUGCCCCAGAACUCCACCAGAGARAAUGGCUUUUGUUUCGCUCCGAGCCUCGACUUCUCCUGCCCAUCCCCUCGUCCCGGCGAGGCUGGCCGGACCUUGGGUACUGUGAGCGGGAGGGAUGGCCACAACCCCUCCCUGAGCAAUGGCAUCACCUCCUUGGGGGCCACCAGCCCCUCGGACUCGUGUGCCGAGCCCCUGUGCUCCGACACCCCGGCCGAGGAGGGCACGCCGCUGGAAGAAGGGAUUAAAUACGUGUCCGCCGACGGGGAGGAGCUGGCCUGCGGCUGGGGGGGCUUCACCCCGGGCUGCCUGCAGCUCUGCAACACCUCCAAAGGGGUYCUGUUCUUCCUCUGCGUGGCCUCCUUCCUGCAGGGCAUGACGGUGAACGGCUUCAUCAACACCGUCAUCACCUCCAUCGAGCGCCGCUUCGACCUGCGCAGUUACCAGAGCGGGCUGAUCGCCAGCUCCUACGACAUCGCCGCCUGCGUCUGCCUCACCUUCGUCAGCUACUUUGGGGGGAACGGCCACAAACCCCGCUGGCUGGGCUGGGGCGUGCUGCUCAUGGGUUUGGGCUCGCUGCUCUUCGCCCUGCCCCACUUCACCACGGGGCGCUACGAGGCGCGCUCGGCGGCCGAGCUGGGGGUUUGUGGGGGUAACCAGAGCUUGCCCUGCUCCCAGGCUGCCUCCAGCCUCUCCAGCUACAGGUUUGUGUUCAUGCUGGGGCAGUUCCUGCACGGGAUGGGAGCCACGCCGCUCUACACGCUCGGCGUCACCUACCUAGAUGAGAAYGUCAAGACCAGCUACUCCCCUGUGUACAUUGCUGUUUUCUACACUGCUGCAAUCCUUGGGCCUGCAGCGGGUUAUCUGGUAGGAGGAAUGUUUCUAAAUAUUUAUACUGAAAUUGGCAGAGAGAUCGACAUCGCCCCUGAGAACACGCUCUGGGUGGGGGCCUGGUGGAUCGGCUUCCUGGGCGCUGGGGCUGCUUCCCUCCUCAUCUCCAUCCCCAUCCUGGGCUACCCCCAGCGCCUGCCAGGGUCCCAGCGCUACAUYGUCAUGAGGGUGUCAGAGGCUCAUCAGCUGAAGGAUGGCAGCCACAAAAAAGCGUCAGACCCCGACUUUGGGAAAACAGUGAAAGAUCUGCCUCGAUCAGUGCUGCUGCUUCUGAAGAACCCCACCUUCAUCUUCCUCUGCUUAGCAGGAGCAACCGAAGCAACGCUGAUUGCAGGGAUGUCCACGUUUGGACCCAAAUUCCUGGAGUCUCAGUUUAGUUUAAGUGCCUCUGAAGCUGCCACCUUUUUUGGUUAUCUGGUCGUGCCAGCCGGAGGGGGAGGCACAUUCCUGGGAGGAUUCCUCGUGAAUAAAUUCAAACUGCGCUGCUCAGGAAUCAUCAAGCUGUGUUUGCUUUGCACAGUGUCAAGUCUGCUGGCCAUAUUCAUUUUUUUUAUCCACUGCCCUAACAUGCCCAUGGCAGGAGUGACCCAGAUGUACAAUGGAAGUGCUUUGCCAGGGGGGCACCUCAAYCUGACAGCAGCCUGCAAUGCCCAUUGUGGCUGUUUGCAGGACACCUACAGCCCUGUCUGUGGCACUGAUGGCAUCAUGUAUUACUCCCCCUGCCAUGCUGGCUGCAAAAAGGUGUCUGAAAACCUCAGGAAUGGCAAGAAGGUCUAUCACGAGUGCAGCUGUGUUGACAAAGCCCUCCUGCCUGGCCCUGGCGAUGCAGAGGCAGGGAAAUGCACCUCCUCCUGUGACAAAAGACCCUUGCUCCUGUGCUUCAUGUUCGUGGUCAUCCUCUUCACCUUCCUGAGCAGCAUUCCUGCCCUGACUGCCACUCUGAGGUGUGUCUCCGACAGACAAAGGUCCUUUGCGCUCGGGAUCCAGUGGAUCGUGGUACGAACAUUAGGAGGCAUCCCUGGCCCCAUUGCCUUUGGAUCCAUGAUUGAUAAAUCCUGCCUGCUCUGGCAGGACCAGUGUGGCGAGCAGGGCUCGUGCUACGUUUACCAGAACUCGGCCAUGAGCCGGUACACCCUCRUCGCUGGACUGGUCUACAAGGUGCUCGGGACAACCUUCUUCAUCRUCGCCUGUUUACUCUACAAACCCCCACCUGCAGAGUCAGCUCCAGGCAGCUCAGAUGCAUCUGAAAAUGGCACCAGUGACCUCCAGGAGCACAAGCCUUCACUGCCAGCUGAAGAGGAUAUAUAGCACUGUCCACGUGCAAGGGACUUUCUCAGCCUCAGAAACACAAGGRGAAGAUGUUAUGC